UGUGUUGUUUUUUGUUGUCGCGACCAUAUUUGUAAUGGCAGCAGGAUUUGCUGCCUGGUGAAAAUCGUGCAUAUUUCCAUCAAAAAUGGAUGUCUCCUCCCGUAAAAGUGUGCUCCAUUAGUAGUUUCCUGUGUGUGAAAUUGAUAAGCGCUAGUGGGUUUCGCGGGGCAGUGCUCGUUGUUGAUAGAAAAGCUUUUUUCACUUCGUGUUGAUAUUGGUCGCCAUUUCUGUUGGAUAGACACAGAUGCGACAACAGCAGCAGCAACAAUAACAACAAAAUCAGGUUCGGGGCUGAGCACCAUUCGGUUAUUGUCAAGUGCUUGUGGAGAACGGAAGUGGAUUGAAUGCGUUUGUAACGAGCCGUCAGGUGGAAGUCUUUGGCCUGCGGGUGGUGUAUGAUAUCAUUUAUUCAGUACACGCUGAAUAUGAUGAGCAAUCUAAGCAAUAGCCACAACAGUAACACUGGAAGCAGUCAAAAUUCUGCUGCCGAGGGCACAAUGGAACGAGGAAGUUGUAUUUUAGUGCGAUACGCUAGCCAAAAUUCCCUUGAUGAGAGCUCCCAGAAACAACUACCGCGGUCAAAUGGAAAAGACAAAACAACCGGAGGAGCAUACCACAACAAUGUGCACACGCAGCGAUCGUUCGAGGCCAUGAAUAAUAUGCGAGAACAAAAUCUUCUAUGCGAUGUGAUACUGGUCGCCGAUGGAAUCGAGAUACCGGCGCACAAGAUGGUGCUGGCCUCAUGCAGUCCAUAUUUCUAUGCCAUGUUUACUGGAUUUGAGGAAAGCCGUCAGGAUCGAAUCACACUGCAGGGUGUAGACCAUCGUGCCCUGCAGCUUCUGAUCGAGUACGUUUACACUUCGGUGGUCGAGGUCACCGAGGACAACGUACAGGUCCUACUAACGGCGGCCAACCUUCUGCAGCUGACGGACGUUCGUGAUGCGUGCUGUGAUUAUCUUCAGACUCAGCUGGAUCCAAGCAACUGCCUGGGAAUCCGAGACUUCGCUGACAUUCAUGGGUGCAUCGACCUGUUGAACUAUGCCGAGACGUACAUUGAACAGCACUUCUCGGAAGUUGUUCAGUUCGAAGAAUUUUUGAAUCUCACCAGCGAACAAGUAGUUAAUUUGAUUAAAAGUGAUCGACUCUCAGUGCCCUCCGAGGAAAAGGUUUACGAGUGCGUGAUCACAUGGAUCCAGUACGACAUCUGCACACGGCAGUCCUAUCUCGCCGACCUGAUGGAGCAUGUCCGGCUUCCCCUCCUUUCCCAGGAAUAUCUGGUGCAGCGCGUCGAGAAGGAGCAGCUUCUCAAGGGAGACCUCCAGUGCAAGGACUUCAUCAUCGAAGCACUGAAGUACCAUCUGCUGAAGGGGGAGGUCAAAUCGACCUUCAAGACACCACGUACCAUUCCGAGACAGCCAGUUGGGUUGCCGAAGGUGUUGCUUGUUAUAGGAGGUCAGGCGCCAAAGGCCAUUCGUUCCGUGGAAUGUUAUGAUCUACGCGAAGAACGCUGGUACCAAGUGGCGGAAAUGCCUACGCGGCGAUGUCGUGCUGGGUUGGCCGUUCUGGGGGAUAGAGUUUAUGCGAUUGGUGGAUUCAAUGGAUCCUUGAGGGUACGUACUGUUGAUGUUUAUGAUCCCGUGCAAGAUCAAUGGACCACUUGCAACAGCAUGGAAGCGAGGCGAUCGACAUUAGGAGUGGCCGUUCUGAACAGUUGUAUCUAUGCGGUUGGAGGUUUUGAUGGUUCAUCGGGCUUGAGUUCAGCAGAGAUGUUCGAUCCGAGAACGCAGGAAUGGCGAUUGAUUGCUUCAAUGUCGACAAGGAGGAGUUCGGUUGGAGUUGGGGUGGUCAAUGGUUUGUUGUAUGCGGUUGGUGGUUACGAUGGUGCUUCGAGACAGUGCUUGGCUUCGGUGGAGAGAUACAAUCCUGCAAUGGACACGUGGAUUCAAGUUUCGGAGAUGACGGAUCGUCGCAGUGGGGCAGGUGUUGGAGUUCUAGAUAAUAUUUUGUAUGCGGUUGGAGGUCAUGAUGGGCCAUUAGUGAGGAAAUCAGUUGAAGCUUAUAAUGCCGAAACGAAUACUUGGCACAAGGUAGCCGAUAUGGCAUUUUGUCGUAGAAACGCCGGAGUAGUUGCUCACAAGGGCAUGCUGUUCGUGGUGGGUGGAGAUGAUGGAACGUCAAAUUUAGCUUCGGUAGAAGUUUAUACUCCGGAGACCAAUACUUGGCGAUUGCUGCCGGCAUCGAUGAGCAUUGGGCGCAGCUACGCUGGAGUAGCAAUGAUAGAUAAGCCCAUGUGAAGCGAACAGCAGGGCGCUAUCGCCGCCACAACAGCAAGCAGCUCAAGGUAUGCGAAUUGUUCGAUCAUUGGUAGUGCAGCAAACAACGGUUAUAACAACAUAAGUCAGAAUAAUAACCAAAACAACGAUGACGAGAGUAGUCAAGCAGAAGGGCUGAACUCGGAAGCUGGUGCUGUAGGUUACAAUCAAGCUUUAAACAAUAACAACAAUGCCAAUAACGCCAAUAAUAACAACAAUGUACACUACGAAAAUAUUUACGAGUCAAUUGAACAAUACGCUGCUGCCGCGAAUGCUGGUGUGGCUGCGGUUGCCCCUGCCGUUGCUCAAAAUCCCCCAGGAAUCAUUCCACAAGGAGCUCCCCUUCUCGGUAUGCAAGCAAACCCAUCACCGCAACCAGGACCUGGACCUUCAUCUGUCGGUAUGGGACUUCGCAGUAAUAAUGCUCAACCGGGCAUUGUCCCAGGUCCACCACCGCCGCCAAGUAUGCUCCACAUGCAACAGCAAUACCUUUCGUUAGCAUAUCGCAACGAGCUGUACGACAGAACUGCCGGAUACGAUGUGCCACGCGGAGGAGGAGGAGUUCCGCGCAACAGCUAUUAUCAAAAUCAACAACCGAUGGCGACUGGACCACGCUACCAAAACCUUCAUCUGGAUUUUAAUCGACCUAAACAUUCCCACAACAGCAUGAGAGCACCUCGCCAACGAAGCUUUGAUGAUACCGAGUCCUAUCAGUACUAUAGAUAUCAGAAUCAGAACUUUGCUAAAUAUGAUAACGUUUACGAGAGAGUUCGCGAGGAGCCAGCCUAUCAAAAUACAGGGUCUUUCGGAAUUGGAUCGGCUGGGCCGUCAAACCGCGGCAUAUUCGGAAGAUUGGAUGUCAUUGGACAUGGUGUUGGCCGCAUCGAGCGUCAUUUGAGUUCAUCUUGUGGAAAUAUCGAUCACUACAGUCUCGGAGGACAUUAUGCUGUUUUGGGACACAGCCAUCUUGGAACGGUUGGGCACAUUCGUCUGAAUCAGACUACAAACAAUCAAACGAAUGCUGCUGGGAAGGAUUCUUCAUCGGUUAAUGUGAAAAGCUUCUUCAGCUGUUUGGGAGGAGAGAACUCCCAAUCGAUGAAUAACAUUAGUAAAAAUGGAGGUUCGGGUCAGGCGGGAGCGUUCGGAUGUACGCCAAAUGGUGAAACAGCUAGUAAUGCUGGACCGUCAUCAGCUGCGCCAUCAACUUCUUCGUCCACAACUGCCAAAGUAACAGGUACAAUCCCAAAAGUCAAAAGUAAAUCCAAAAAGGAAAAUCAACCCAACUCCGCCGAUCAAAGCGAAGGAGAAAACCAGGUGAAUCGCAUAUCAAAACCAUCUCUGCAAUGGCUGUUGGUUAACAAGUGGCUUCCCAUGUGGGUCGGUCAAACUCCUCCGGACUAUAAGUUCAUUGAUUUUAAUUUCAUGUUCUCUCGGAACUGCGAUGGAUGUGGAAAUGCCACGAAUCACCAAGAGGUAAUGCAGUUGGAUGGUCAAGCAGAAAUGCGGUCUCACGAAUACGGAGAUUACAUUCCACCAGCAAGGGAAUACCCGACUAUGAACGGUAGUUAUCCAAGGGUCCUUCGUAAUACACCUCAAUUGUCGCGCCUACGAGAACACGAAUACGAGAAUGUCCCCGUUGAUUCACCUCCAGCUCGUUUAGAUUUUGCUGGGUCUCGGUCCGCUUUCAGCUAUGUCAAUCGAGCCAGAUCGGAAAGUCCCGCGCGGUCCAGCACAACCAGACGCGAGGAACGCAGCGGUGGGGACCCAUUCCGUAACUGGGCAUUUAAUUUCGAGGACAAUAGCUUCCGGCCGGCCGGUUCAGCUCCACGUCCUCGUGAAAUACGCCGCAUAACCGAUGGAACUUUCCGUGCCACCGACUUUCCGCAGGACAACGAAAAGCCAGGACCCAGCCGUGACAGCUCUCGAGAGUUGUCUAACACGCCACCAACUAUAGUCGUCAAUGAGUUAGCUACUCCUUCCAGUUCACGUUCCAAUUCUGCUUCGCCACCGAAAAGUAAGGAAUCGUCCGUGUCUCUAGUUCAACCGGAGGAGCGGGGUGGUACUCCAGCGUCUUCUUCAUCCGAUUCGGAAAUGUUCGUCAUGGAUUCCAUUGCAACCGAUGCUGGCGGGCCAGCAGAGGAUAGUAGCGGAUGUGGCGGUGGUGGUGCUUGCAGUAGCAUGCAGUGCAUGGAGAACGUUGCGGAAAUGGAAGAAGCUGCUGCUACACAAAACAAACAGGAUGUCUCGUCACAGGAGACGUCCGAAUCGUCCAACUUUGAAGAUAAUGCUGCGGAAACUUCUGGAUCCGAUGAUGACAUCGUUGAUGAUAAGAAUGUUGGUACUACUUAAGCUCAUGCGCUCAAUUAUUUUCGAAUGUUGUUUUUACCAUAUUAGCGUGAAACGGCUAUUGUUACUAGUUUACUAUUGUGAUUUGAGGAACAUUUAUGGUAAUUGGAGUUCUUCAAAGCAUUCUCCGCUGAAUGAUUUUUUGAUAUUAUGUCGAAUAUGCUAUGAAAUAAAUAGCAAAAUAAUGAAACAUUCGAGAUAGUCACAAGGAAUAAUUUUUAGAAUGGUAAACGGAGAAUGUUUGUGAAAAUGAAUUCCUCUGCGCUUUCACUUUUACUAUAGCAAGAUUUUUUUUUCAAAUUUGUGGCAAUUUUAUAUCCGGCAGUAUAUUCGAUUCCCACUCGCUCAAUAUUUAUUGAUAGAUUCUAUUUAUUCUUAAUAUAUUCUGUUUCUUUUUUUAUACUCCACUGUUUAUUCUUCUAUGAUGAUCAAAUCUAGACGAGGCUAGAGCAUUUAUUGGCGCAGGAACUAAAUUUCCAACCAUGAUUAAAUUGUAUGUUAGAAGGCGCAUUUAGAUGAUGUACUGUCAAGACUUAGGAUUAAGGGAAAAAAAAACAUUAACAAAGACAGACGUGAAAUUUUAAUGGUAAUAUCGAAGCAAAUCGAACAAUAUCAGUGUAUUCUAUCCAGCGUUGAAAUGCGUAACAAUAAUCACAAAAAAACAGAUAAACUCAAACAUGUUUACCAUUUAGCAGAGGCCUACCAUUAUGCACUUACUGAUACACAAUAAUAAGGCAUUUUCUUUGGUAUAUGAUACUUCCGUUAACAGUAGAUAUCUACAAUUUUCUUAUACAUUCACAAGUUAAUCGAAACAAAACAUAAUUAUUAGGGGAGUUAGUCAAUUGUCCCGUGUGAGACGAAACCACAGCAUUCAAAUACCGACACUUACUAACCAACAUUGAAAUUGAAACAUUACGAUGAACACGAAUACCGCAAAUAAACAAUGAAGUAUAAGUUAUCAGUACAAAACCCAGCAAUGGUGAGACCUACAGAUCAGAAAUCUACAAUUAUUUUUACCAAAUUUGUCGAAUCUCCGAGCAAAUAUUUCGAUUCCCUCACGUAAUUAUGAUAGUAAUCGAGAAAGGAUAUACUCACAUACAGAUUAACCAUUUCAGCCGGGAAUAGAGGUAUUGAAAAUGUAGAACUCUUUUUAGCAAUCAGUCAGUCAGUCGGUGAUAGAUUUUAGUUUAAUAUUUACUGAUGGUAGUAAUUAUAAUUACUCUUACUUACAUAGACAAGGAAACCACUUAACAACGUAAUGGCAAUUGACGUGUAGUUCUGAUAAUUGUGAGUCAUAUUCAUAUAAUAGUCAUAUACACAGCACAAGAACCCGAACUGAAUGAUAGUGGAUUUAAUUACAUACAUAAAUACAUUCGAAAAAGGCGUUCAAUAAAUGGAUUCAACAGUUGAAAAGUA